GAACCAAUAGGCUGCCAGUGAUUAGAUAAGACGAUAACGCCCCACACCUCAGUGCCACAGCUACAAGGCCCUUUGCUGCCCCACCAUCAGUAUUACGUGCGUGCCUUACUCUUUACCUCUCCAUCAAGGAAUACACCGCCUGGUCGUCGUAGGUCGCGUCCACCGCCGUGAUGCAGCAGCAGCCAAAGUAUGACCAGUAUUCUCCCCCGCAAGGACCUCCCCCGCCGUACAACCAGGCUCCUAUCGGGUUCCAAGGCCAAGGCCAGAUGGCAUACCCAGCCCCACCCAUGCAAUCCUCCUCCAGCACCACCGUCGUCUCCGCCCAGCCCGUUGUGACCGGGCAGCCCAUGUUGAUUGUGUCAGGAGGCAACUGUCCAGCUUGCAGGAGCGGGAUCCUUCAGAAUGAGUUCACCUGCUGUGGGAUAUGCCUGGGAAUCUGUUUCUUCCCGCUCGGUCUUCUCUGCUGCUUGCUGAUGAGGGAGAGGAAGUGCUCCAACUGCCGCGCCUCCUUCGGGAGUUCGUAGGCUGCUUCUGGUAUUAUGGACCUCGAGGAAACCCGCUCAAGGCAGGCCCCACCCACACAAGCUCCUCCUGCGAUGCGAGACGACAACCUUAAGAACACAUGUAGAAAACAGACAGAAAAACUAGAGAUUAGACAGAAAACGCCACAUAAUAACGAAUAAGUAGCAUCUGUGUUUUGACGUGAAUCCGUGCUCUGAUAUCCUGAGAAAAAUUAUGUAAAGCGUUCAGGUUCAAUAGUCCAACGCCCAGCCGAUCAUUAAACCCGAGACAGGACACGAAGGUACAAGUCUCCUCUCCUCUAUCACUCGCUAUGACUCAAGCAGUUUGGUCGGCCUUGACUGUAUGGGCAUUACGAACAUAUGAGAAUAAGGAGACUACUAUAGGAGCCAGGGUGACCUAAACGGAGAGGACUAGCGUUCGUCUUCCUGAAAUAUAAUGUUUCUAUUUCGCUUCUCUGUCAACUAUAUUCCUCGGGGAGUUUGUGACAUUUUUUCCAUGUAACUUAGCUGAUGAGUGCACUGAUUAACACAAUUUCGUCAUACAUGUUUCUAAAGGCUGCAUUGUUCUCUAUUCUUCAGAUAUUUAAAGCUUAUCUCAACGAAUUGAUGUUUAUGAUAUAGUUAACUUCAGCCUCUCUCGAUAAUGAUGCGCCAGGAAUUCUUUCAGACCACACCACAGGGACUCCACUUGAGUGUAUCUAUUGUUUCCUAUAGUGAUUAACUCGGCUGUGUGUUCAACGGCAGUUUCUAAUAGUGAAGUGUCUUUGAUUUACCAUUUCACUGCUGCUUCAUUUUUUCCCUCUCAAAGUUUGACAAAAUGGUUUAGAGUAAGAUUGAAGUGUUCUGCAUCGAAACCCCAAAAGAAUGGCGAUGUACUUCAAACUUUUUUGUGCACAUAUUCUCUUCUUGAUUAGGAUGACUGAAGAAAAACAAGCGUCACUACAUCAUUAACAUUGGUAGCAUAUUAGCAAUGUGCCCUAUGACGCAUAUUACAUGACUUCUUUUUACCUUACAAUAUUAUAUGUACUAUAAUCUUACAAUAGACUAUCUUACUAUUAGCCAUUUCAUAUAGUGUUCACCAAUACUUUAGAAGAGUCACCUUGAUAAUCAAUCACAACUGGAGACAUAUCUGCUUCAGUCUCCAGCUGCUUUGUUAACGCGCAAAAUGAAAUAUUUAUUGCAAAAUCAAAUACUCUGAGAAUUUAGAUGGCUUUUGUUUUAAGAUACACGUAGACAGGUAGUGUGCUUUUGUAUAAUCAGUUUUAUCAAGUUUAACUCAAUAAAAGUAUUGCUAUCCAA